GCCCCGCCCGGCCCCGCCCGGCCCGGCCCGGCCGCCGUAGGCGCCGCGGCCUGGCGGCUAAGAUGGCGGCCAAGGUGGCAAAGCUGGCAGCUGUUUCUUCUGGUCUGCCAUUUGCAUGUAUCACUGUGUAUGCAGCAACAGAAAAGGAAGCAAAAGGUCACCUGGUAAAGCCAAAUCAGCUCCCAAUUUACUGUCCACCCCCUCUGAAGUCAAAAUACAUUGAGGAGCAGCCUGGACACCUGCAGAAGCAGUUGUCUUCAGUCCGGCAGACAACCGGCCGCUACCUUGGCUGGUGCAGGGAUGCUUUUGUCUUUGUUAAAAAUGGAAUAAUGGAUUCCAUUCAAUUUGGGAAAGAUGCUUACGUUUACCUGAAGAAUCCACCACCAGAAUUUCUUCCCAAAGUUGGUGUCAUCACAAUAUCAGGCUUAGCUGGCAUAGUGCUGGCAAGAAAAGGUUCUAGAUUUAAGAAAAUUGCUUAUCCACUGGGACUUACUACUUUAGGAAUUUCUGUUUGUUACCCAGCUCAAGCAGUGGUGUUUGCUAAGGUAAUGGCGAAAAAGUUCUCUUCUGCAAGCCAUGAAGCCUACGGAGCUGUGCGGUCGCUGUGGGCAAGCAGCGAGGGCGUCCCCAAGCUGCAGCAAGAGACAAAAUCAGUUACGCAAGAAGAUAAGAAGAAAAAAGAAAUUUCUAGUACAAAACCUGAGUCUGCUGUUGAGUCAAGAUCAUUUAACAGAACAGCAUCUUCUCCAGUAGAGUCUUGGAGUAAUAAAGAUCCAGUGCCUUCAUCAGGAACAGUGAAGACACCAAAAUUUAAACCUGAUCCAAAACUUAUGGACCAUGGUCAGUCCAGCCCAGAAGAUGUGGAUAUGUACAGUACUAGAAGCUGAGACAAAUCUGCUCACAAAUCUCUGCAAAGAGUUGCAGAUAAGGGGGAGGGAAGAAGGGAAGGAAUAAUCCUUGCAAUACAUACGCUGUGAGGUAUAAUUUAAUCAGGUAUUUUCUUAUAUCCCAAUCUGUAUUCUUGACUUCGAUGAUUGUGUUCAGUGAAUAUUCUGUUUCUCACUACCUAUAAGCAGUGAGAAUUCACUCACUGUCAGUGUUGUGAGACACUGAGAAAAUGAUACUUGUCAGUGUCUUCUCACGAUGGGGUUUCUCUGUGCCAAGCUUCUUAAUAAAUGUCACUUCACACAGGAUAUUUGAAAAUGUAAACAUAUCUCUGUACUUUGGCUCAGAUGUUCAUUGAUCUGAAAGAAGAAUGUGAUGGAUGGGGGUUGCAGAGGCUCCUUUGUCUUUUUUCUCUCAGCUCUAGAAAGAAGUGCAGCUUCUUGUUGGUCUGAGUACCCUUAAAAGGGUGGUUGUUGUGUCUUACAAAUAGUAUUAUCUUUAAUGCUUGUAUAAAGAACUCAUCUUUUUUGCAUUGCCAAAUCAUUUGUUGUUGUUUGCCUCUCUCACAAAGGUGAAUGGAAACAAAUUCUUGCCCUGUGUGCUUGUGUAUUUAAAUGUCACUCAAGUUGGGAAAAAACACACAGCUAAUCUCUAAAACAUCCUUUAUAGACUAUGCAUUAGUUUUCACCUACUUCUAAUACUUUUAAGAACUGUAUGCAAAUUGCUUAAUCUAGGAAACUGAUACUGUUGGAAUUUACAUAGACUGCAUCAGCAAUGUUUAGGAAGUGGGAAACCUGUAGUUUAAAGGUUUAAAGUGCUGACAAAUACUAAAAAUUCAGCAGUAAUAGGCAGCCAGCUUUUCCUCCCAGAAGGUUGUAUGCAAUACCCAUUGGUCUGAGCAGGAUUUCUGUGAAAUUCUCUUUUUCCAUAAGAAUGAAAUCAGACAUUGAUUGUUUCCUGAGAUGAAACUUUCAAACACUGCUUUUAUCAUUGUGUACAUCACUCCUCUUCAUCCUCCAUUCCUCUUCAGAACACUCUUACAAGGGUUGGAAUAGAUCUGAUGGGCUUCCUUGAGCCAAGUGCAGCUGAUGAUCAGUACACAAUGCUAAUCAGCCCCCUGCCUGGAGGUUCUCAUGUCUGUAUCUUCCGUGACCCUUCCCUAAUAUAUCAAUUGCAAAAGGACCCAAUGCUGGUACUUUCUCCUUUGAUCUCUUGAGCUCUCUUAUCUUUCAAUUAAUGAAAAUAGGUGCUUUGUUGGAAAGCUGAGCAAGACAGCAAGUAAGGCUUUCAUGGUGGCUCAGAACCAGAUAAGUAUUGAUAUUUUGGAAUCUGAGUUUCAGGUGAAGUGGUGGACUUUGUUAUACAGGGUCCAGUGGAAGGUGAAUCAGUAAAUGUGAAGUUUAAAGAAGGAUUCUAUUAGUUGAGCUUGCUUGGGACAGCUGACUUAGAAUGUAAUGUGUUUGUUUCUUUAAUGAUCUCUUAAGGCCCAGGAAGCUGUCAGAAUUCAGGCAGCAAUCAGAGGUUGAUAAUCAAUCAUCACAGAGCUCCUGGACAAGACACAUUUAGUGUUCCAUCACAGAGAGGAGUAGAAAAUUAAAUGGCUGGGCUUCAUACACCAUUGCCAGGGAAACAGAUGAAGGCAAAAGGCAGGAAGUGAAAAUGGUGAAGAAAUGAUCAUUUUCAAGUGCAAGACUGGAUGGCAGAAAUCAUCUGAUCUAUCUCCCUUUGAUCAGAUUCUGGAUAAAAAACAUAAAGGAAAAGCCAUCUGCUCGACUCUGAGAUUCUAAGUUCUAGUUUAUGUCCUUGACUGAUACCAUCACAACAAGCCGUCAAGAGAGGUAAGAUGAUGCAGGUUUGUGUGGAAUUUAUAGGGGUUUAUUGUGGUGACAUUUUUCAGUACGUACUGGAAAACUACAUAGAGGAUUAGUCUUCUGGGAGCAGGGAGAGAAGCUCCUUUAGAGAGCUGAUAAGGAACAAACCUAUCUGCCCUUUCCAGGCAAGGGAGGGCCUUAAAGAUAGCCAGUGCUGACAGGUGAUCUGGUCCUUCCCAUACUUAAAGAGCAGUGCCACUCAGAUCUCAUGAUAUAAAUUUAAGUGUCUGGUCUGCAGAAGGUCCACUGGACUCCUUGGUGAUUAGGCAGUCAAGAAUUAGAUAGUUCGUGCAAGCAUUUGUAUGAAAACUCCUAAUUUUACCAGAAGUUUGAUGCUGUAAAGGGACAUGAUACACAAAGCUGUUCCUAGGCUGUAUUUCAGUCUCAAAUUACUCCAUAGGGAGUAAAACUAAUAAAACUGUGUCAGAGUUAAAUUGUCAUACAGACAUUUGUUAGAUGCAUUUUCUGGGACAUAACUUAAAAUUAUUUCUCCUACCCCCUUUGCUGAGUGAACAGUUCUGAAGCUCAUAAAAUGGUGUCCUUCUGCUGUGUUAUUUAUUCUUGGUGGACAAAAGGGGUGAGCCAGCACAGGUUUAGUUUCUUUAUCUGCUGGGAUUUCUCUUUCUCUAUAAGACAAGGUAAUUCUUUUUUGUCUUCUACCAGCAGUUUUUGUUUGAUAUCCCCAUACAGUUGAAAAGCAGAGACUAAAGUUGGAGGCUUGGGUUUUGGCCCUGAAACAGAUGCAGCCAAAGAAAAUGGGACAGAAUUAGUAUGAGAAGCUUUGUAUCCUGUCCAGGUGUGUUCUCUGCUUUCAGAAAGAUUGUAAUCUCUCAGUCGGUAUUUCUCUGUCCUGGAGCAUAGAUUUAUAAGGAGUAGGAAGGAAUUUUUUUAGUAAAACCUUGAGUGUGCUAUAAUAGUUGUUUGCUAACAUGAAUUUCUGUUGGAGUCAGUCAUCGUCCUGUCCACCCGUGUGAGACACGUGCUGGGAGACAUUUCUAGAGGUACCAAAAAGAUGCAGGUUGUUAUAGAGAGAAGUUUGGAAUGUUCAUGCUGAAAUGAAGGCAGCCCAAAUCAGAUCACUCAUCUGCUCGUGCACAAAUACUGGAGUGGUGGCUGUGAAUCUUGAUUACUCAGCUGCCAUUUUGUGAAGUGUUUCUUUGUCAAAUUGAAGGAGUUUCCUGCCCUCUCCAGUUCAGGCAUCUGAACCUCCAGAUUUCAGAUGAUACUCUGUAGGUGGCUUGUUCCAGAUAACUACAAAGGGCUGUACCCACACCUCUGUAUUCAUGGUUUAUAGUAAAGGUGCUAUGCCAUGGCUUUUAAAAAGCAAAGUCAGAUCUUCAUUAUGCCAUGUUGUGAGACCUCAUUUUAAAUAUAUGUGCCUGACUUUAUCUCUUGGAAGAUUUCAGACCCAGUAUGCAAAUGUGUUGAACAAUGAGAAAUUACCAUAAAUACACAGAAAAGUAGCAUUGCAAGACAUGUUUUGAUUCAUAUAUUGUGAAACACUUUAAAAUGCCUCUUGAAUGUAUCAUUAAUAGUGACUUAAAGUUUAUUUCAUCCUGCAGUAAUACAAAUAAUGCAAAAAGAAAAGAAGAAUGUAUACUGUAAUUUUUAUAUUAUGUAAGUUAAAUAUUUGUGAAAAACCCAAUGUCUUAACUGACUCACAUGAUUAUAUUUUAUAAUAUAGAAAUAGUUUUUAUUUAAUGCAUGUUUUGUUAUUUAUGAUGGAUUGCAUUCAAUAGAGAGAGAUUUGGAACUUGUUGAUAUUAAUUUUUUUAUUUACAUAAAACUGAUUGUGAUACUUUAUUUUGUUAUAUUGUUGUGAAGCACCUGAAAAUAAAGGGUGAUAAGAUACUUUUUAAAAAUUAA